AUUUGAUGUGUGUCGGUCACUUAAAUAGAUCAGACCCAAAUGGCUGAAGUUGAACAAGGAGAAGGAUUUUUCUGUCCUCUAUGCAAGCUGGACUUGCGUACUUUUCAACUGUUAGAUGUCCACUUCAGAGAGGAGCAUGAUGAGUCCAAAGGAAACAAGAUAAAACUGAAUAUCAGGUCCCUUUUUGACAAGGCAAAAGCUCUCAGUAAACCCAAACAGAGAUUUACCCAUCCUGUUGAAGAUGGGGCUUCUGCUGUAGCAGGAGGGAAUCCUGCCCUUGAGGAGAGCCUUAGGCUACAGGCGCCUGUUACUAACGUCAGUGGGAUUGCAUCCUACUGGCCAACUCAAGAAUUCGGAGAAAGCACUAACUACACUGGUUUGUUCAAGCAGCAGCGAGAUGCACAUCUCACUGGUAUGGUUGUGGAGACGAAUAGACUUGCUAUACGACUUGAGAAGUUGUUUCGAAACCUCAAAUCAAGUUCCCCGAAGACAACCAGGCAAAUGAAGGCUAUCGAGCAGACGAUAGUACCGUGGAGGAAGGAUAGUGAGGAGAAACACUGCAAAGCUUGUGGUCGCAAGUUUGGGCCUCAGAGACGCAAGCAUCACUGUCGUUUGUGUGGGGGGAUCAUGUGCAAGCAGUGCUCCCACUUCAUGACGCAUACUGAGUUGUAUCCUGUAAUAUCCGACUGCCCUGAAUACGCCAAGUUGGCACCCCGUACCACAGUGCGUACCAGACGACUGGCAAUGAAGUCUCAUAGCCUGGGGCCGACCAAGGGGGGUCAGGCCAAGAGGGAGGAGGAGGAGGAGGCCAUUGAUGAGUUGCGGAUGUGCACACCAUGUACCAAACUCAUUCACAGGCGGCUGUUUCAACUGGAGGGUUUGGAGAAACCUGUGAUUGUUGCUCUGUAUGAGAACAUGCAACUGACAAUGACCGAAGCUGAUCGCAUUAAACCCUCAUUUGUUGAGAUAGGAGUGUCUCUUCUAGCGGGAGAACACACCUUCACACUGUAUCAAGCCAAUAAAAGAAGACAGGAACUCGUCCGUCUGUAUGAGUCAAUUGAUUCCAUCAGCAAGCAGAUCUUCAGUCUAGGAGGCUCUGAUUCUUCAACAAGGCAUCACAAACUGUCGCGGAGUGUACGAGUGUUUGCCAGUAACUAUCUACAAGAUAACCUACUCAGCUUGCCAUCGAUACCUACUGAAGCCAAACUAAGAGAAAUUCGUGAGAGAGUUGAAAAAGAAGCUCAAGAACGAAAAAAGGAGCUUGAGAGAGAGCGAGAAUUGAAGAGAAAACAAGCGGAGGAGAGGACAGCUAAAUUUGUUGACGAACGAAGCGGCUUGGACAAGUUUAUGGAUUUCUCAAAAGAUUUAUCUACCAAAGUGGUUGUUAGUUUCAAAAAAGAGAGUGACGAACUUAACAUGCCUAUCGGUAGAAAGGGCUCCAAUUCCGGGUGGAUGUGUAGCUCCAAUGUAGCGCAGGGUGUGGACAGUACCUUUGAGGAUCCCUUUGAUCUGCAAAAGCAGCAGCUAUUAGUGUACAUCAAACAAGCAAGGGAUGCUAAUCGUAUGGAUGAGGUGUACGCUCUGGAAGCCUCUCUGAGAGAGAUAGAAGCGACAAUACUGGAACAGAGGAAAUAUUCUUACGGGCUUUCUCCUGAUAUGUAAUUUAACAUGUAAUUUUAUUGCAGUUUUAAUUGUGACCCUUAAUUUCAGUUUUUAUCCAACCCAUUGUCUUGGUGAUUUAACCCUGAUUCUUCCAACACUAUUAUAAUUAUUAUAUUGUAGUUAUACAAAGAA